AUGACCGUAUACCGCUCCUCCUAUCCAGAUCUCGACAUCGAGUCGGUCGAUCUGGUGUCCUACCUUUUCUCCAACCCUUUCAACACUCCUCUCGAUAGACCAUUGUACGUCGACGCUGUCACUGGGAAAACAUAUACCUUCGGCGAUGUCAUUCAACGCACCCGCUCGCUUUCAAAUGGUCUGCGCCAAAGCAUUGGCGUCAAGCCCGAUGAUGUCGUAGCCUUCUUCAGCCCCAACUCGAUCGAAUACCCCAUCGUCUGUCACGCAUUGAUCGGAUCAAGGGCAAUCGCCUCCCCCACCAGUGCGGCGUUGACCGCGCUGGAGUUGAACGCUCAACUCAAGACCAGUGGCGCGCGAUUCGUCAUCGUCCAUUCUUCUUUGCUGCAGACUGCCCAAAAGGCAGUGAAGGGAACCUCUGUCGAAAGAAUCGUCAUGGUUGACGGUGACUCUUUCGAGGGCAAGCCCACCUGUGAGAAGAUGGCCAGCACAUUCGCGCCAACUGAGUUCCUGACGGUAAACCCCGCCGAGGCCAACCGCCAGGCAACCUUCAUUUGCUUCUCUUCCGGAACCUCUGGCGCCGCCAAGGGUGUCAUCACCACACACCAGAAUAUGACCUCCAACCUGCAACAAUGGCGCUCCAUCAUGCUCGAGUCCGGGAAUCCCUCCCAGCGCCCCUCGAGGAGUUCCGCCAUUGGCUUCUUGCCCUUCAGCCACAUCUACGGUCUGAACCUCUUCAUCUGCCAGUGUCUUAUUUGGGGCACCACCGUUGUUGUCAUGCCCAAGUUUGACCUUGACGCCUACCUCGGCUAUAUCCAACAAUACCGCCCCGACGAGCUGUCCAUCGUCCCUCCCAUCGCCCUGAUGCUGGUCAAGGAUCCCCGUGUCAGCAAGUACGAUCUCAGUAGCGUCCGCAAAAUCAUGUCUGCCGCGGCCCCACUCACCAUCGAACUGUCGACUGCUCUCGAGGCCAAGUUCAAGGAAUUGUGGAACACCGAGGUCUUCUGUACCCAGUGCUGGGGCCUGACAGAGACUUCGCCUCUCGCGACUGCCAUUCCCAACGACCAGAUCGAGAAGCGCACCACGGGUGUUGGCUGUAUCGUGCCGAACAUGGAGUUCCGCUUUGUCGAUCCUGACUCCAUGAAGGAUGCCGAGGUCACCUCAAGCGGGUCAACUCAGCCUGCCGAGAUCUGGGUGCGCGGACCCAAUGUGGUGAUGGGCUAUUACAACAAUGACGAGGCUACCAAGAGUUCCUUCCACAUUGACGAGGCUGGUCAGCGGUGGUUCCGCACUGGUGACAUUGGAACCAUCGAUCCCGAGGGAUACGUCUCAAUCCACGAUCGCAUCAAGGAGAUGAUCAAGUACAAGGGACUGCAGGUGAUUCCUAGUGAGUUGGAGGGCAAGCUCAUUGACCACCCGGACGUGGAGGACGCGGCCGUUGUGGGCAAGUGGGUGGACGAGCGAGCCACUGAGUUGCCAGUUGGAUUUUUGGUUCUCAGUCGCCAGGCCAAGGAACGCGAUGAGAAGACCGUUAUUGCCGGUAUCAACUCAUGGCUGAACGAGCGCGUUGCUAACCACAAGCGUCUGCGCGGUGGUAUCCAUCUCUUGGCGCAGAUCCCCAAGUCGCCUAGUGGAAAGAUUCUGCGUCGGGAGGUCAAGGAACUCCUGAAGAGCAAGACGCCCAAGGCUCGUCUGUGA